GAGAAGAAAGAGGAGGAAAUAGAGGAGGAGGGGAUUAUUCUAGAAGAAGAAAGGAUUGAGGAGGAGGAGGAGGAGGAGGAGGAGGUGGUGGAGUGUGAUGAAGAGGACGCCAGCAGUGACACCAGUGUGUUGAUUGUGCCCUACCCCGAGCUGGUACCUGUGGUGUUCUUCUGCCUCAAGCAGACCACCUGCCCUCGCAGCCUGUGCAUCCGCAUGGUCUCCAGCCCGUGGUUCGAGCGAGUCAGCAUGAUGGUGAUCCUGUUGAACUGCGUGACCCUGGGAAUGUACCAACCCUGUGAGAACAUCGACUGCUCCUCAGACCGCUGCCAAAUCCUGCAGGCCUUCGAUGCAUUCAUCUACGUCUUCUUCGCGAUGGAGAUGGUUAUAAAGAUGGUCGCCCUGGGGAUCUUUGGUCGCCGCUCUUACCUCGGGGACACGUGGAAUCGCCUGGAUUUCUUCAUCGUCAUGGCAGGGAUCGUUGAAUACUCCCUGGACCUACAGAACGUCAACCUCACGGCUAUCAGGACGGUGAGAGUACUACGGCCUCUCAAAGCCAUUAACAGGGUGCCAAGUAUGCGCAUCCUGGUCAACCUGCUGCUGGACACUCUGCCCAUGCUGGGAAACGUCCUCCUGCUCUGCUUCUUCGUCUUCUUCAUCUUCGGCAUCAUCGGCGUGCAGCUGUGGGCGGGGCUUCUGAGGAACCGCUGCUACCUGAAGGAGAACUUCACGCUCACCACAGGCAUCAAUGUGCCUCGGCCCUACUACAUGGCUGACGAGGAUGACGAGCGGCCCUUCAUCUGCUCCCUGCCCGUGGACAACGGCAUCAUGUCCUGCACGGACGUCCCUGCUCGCCGCGAGGGGGGGCGGACCUGCUGCCUGGACAAGGACGACGCCCUGUACCGCCAGUCGCUGGGCCUGAGCCCCGAGCCUCUGGCCAACGGCAGCGUGAGUGUGGCCGGGCUGUGUGUCAACUGGAACCAGUACUACACCAGGUGUCACACCGGACACAGCAACCCCCACAAGGGAGCCAUCAACUUCGACAACAUCGCCUACGCCUGGAUCGUCAUCUUCCAGGUGAUCACUCUGGAGGGCUGGGUGGAGAUCAUGUACUAUGUGAUGGACGCACACUCCUUCUACAACUUCAUCUACUUCAUCCUGCUCAUCAUUAUCGGUUCCUUCUUCAUGAUCAACCUGUGCCUGGUGGUCAUCGCCACCCAGUUCUCAGAGACCAAGCAGCGGGAGCACCAGCUGAUGCAGGAGCAGCGGGCCCGGUGCUCCUCCUCCUCCACGCUGGGCAGUGAACCCGGGGACUGCUACGAGGCGCUCUUCCAGCUGGUCUGCCACUGCAUCCGCAAGGCCCGGAGACAGACCGUGGCCCUCAUCAACACCCUGCGGGGGAAACCUCGCGGCUUCCGGGGCGUCGGGAGAGGACGGGGAGGAGGAGGAGGGCGGGAGAGGAAGGCCAAUGGACGGGGAGGACGUGAGAGGAGAGCAGUGCUGCGCCACGCUCCUCCCUGUCCCCACCGUAAUAAACCUGACCACGCCACACCCGGUCAACCCAUGGCCCUCACCGCCGCCCCGGCAUCAGACGGCUGCCACCGGUGCGCCGCGGCCCUGGCACUCACCGACGGUGUGGGCCCCGCUCGCAGCGCCACCAGUGGGGAGUCGGAGGAGGGCGCUGUGGAGGAGACGGACAGGGAGGGGGGGCAGGCUGGUGGUAACGAGAAGGACAAGAAAGAGGAGGACGGGUCGAGGGGCCGUGGCGGCUGCAACCCGAAGACGCGGUGCGAGGACCUGUGGUGCGACACCAGGAUGAAGCUGUGGGGCAUCGUGGAGAGCAAGUACUUCAACCGGGGCAUCAUGAUCGCCAUCCUGAUCAACACCAUCAGCAUGGGAAUCGAACACCACGAGCAGCCAGAUGAGCUCACCAACGUCCUGGAGAUCUGCAACAUCGUCUUCACCAGCAUGUUCUCCCUGGAGAUGAUCCUCAAACUCACGGCCUUCGGUUCGUUCAGCUACCUGCGGAACCCCUACAACGUGUUUGAUGGAGUCAUCGUCAUCAUAAGUGUGUGUGAGAUCGUGGGCCAGUCGGACGGCGGCCUGUCUGUGCUGCGGACCUUCAGGCUGCUCAGGGUCCUGAAGCUGGUGAGGUUCAUGCCGGCGCUGAGGAGGCAGCUCGUGGUCCUGAUGAAGACCAUGGACAACGUGGCCACCUUCUGCAUGCUGCUCAUGCUCUUCAUCUUCAUCUUCAGUAUCCUGGGGAUGCACAUCUUCGGCUGUAAGUUCAGUCUGAAGACAGAGACGGGUGAUACUGUUCCAGACAGGAAAAACUUUGACUCCCUCCUCUGGGCCAUUGUCACUGUGUUCCAGAUCCUGACCCAGGAGGACUGGAACGUGGUUCUGUACAACGGCAUGGCAGCGACCUCGCCGCUGGCAGCUCUUUACUUCGUGGCCCUCAUGACCUUCGGAAACUACGUCCUCUUCAACCUGCUGGUGGCCAUCUUGGUUGAGGGUUUUCAAGCAGAGGGUGACGCCAAUCGAUCUUACUCGGACGACGACCGCUCGUCCUCCAACUUCGACGAGAGCGAGAGACACGACUCCAUCAAGUUGUCUGACCCGAGGAUCUGCACCCUGACGCCCAAUGGCCACCUGGAGCUGGGCGCCCUCUCGGGACCGCGAGGGUCCUACUCCUCCGAGAGGCGGAGCUUCGCCAUCGAGUCCAGGAAGAGCAGCGUGAUGAGCCUGGGCAAGAGCAGCCUGGAGAGACGCUCCCUCUCUCUGCGCCACGGCCGCAGUCCCAACUACCACAACUGGGGGCGCCCUUUCACUCCGCAGUCUGCGUGGAGCCGCAGAUCGAGCUCCAACAGCCUCGGUCGGAGGAGCUACAGGUUCGGUGGAGCUCCUCUGGUCGGAGGCAGCCUCCGUCUGCACAGCACCACGCCCCCCCACUCCUACACCUGUGCCGCCGAGCAGGAGUCCCUUCUCUCCCACCCGCCCCACUCCCACCAUCCUCUACUGCCGCACCACCCGCCCCCGCUGUUCCUGUCCAGACACUUUUCUGCAAAGACGGAUCGCCGGGCUCUGUCCCUCGAGCUGCCUGAGCUGCUUCAGGCGGGAGGCCAGCCCCCAGGCCUGCCCCCCCACCACCCAGAGCCCGGGAGGAGGAGCGGGUCCGGGGCAGGGGGCUCCAUCACAGGAGGGUCUGGAGCCGGCUCUGGUUACGGAACAGAACACCGCGACUGUAACGGCAAGGCUCCGGGUCUCCACACCCAUCUGAUGACUGAGGUCUACCCUCAGGUCAACGCUCGAAAAGACAGAACAGACCUGGAUGAGGAGAUAGACUAUAGUAUUUGUUUCCGUGUCCAGAAGAUGAUGGAGAUCUACAAGCCGGACUGGUGUGAAACCAGAGAGGAGUGGUCCGUCUACAUGUUCUCCCCCCAGAACAAGUUCAGGUCGCUCUGUCAGUCCAUCAUCGCCCAUAAGCUCUUUGACUACAUCGUCCUGGCCUUCAUCUUCCUCAACUGCAUCACGGUGGCUCUGGAGAGGCCGAGGAUCCUGCAGGGCAGCCUCGAACGACUGUUUCUCACCGUUUCCAACUACGUCUUCACCGCCAUCUUUGUCACAGAGAUGACUGUCAAGGUGGUGUCCAUGGGUCUGUACCUGGGGGAGUCGGCCUAUCUCAGGAGCAGCUGGAACAUUCUGGACGGUUUCCUGGUCUUCGUCUCUCUGAUUGACAUCGUGGUGUCCAUGGCGGGCGGCGCUAAGAUCCUCGGCGUGCUGCGCGUCCUCAGGCUGCUCAGGACACUGCGUCCUCUCAGGGUGAUCAGCCGGGCUCCGGGCCUGAAGCUGGUCGUCGAGACCCUCAUCACGUCCCUCAAACCCAUCGGCAACAUCGUCCUCAUCUGCUGCGCCUUCUUCAUCAUCUUCGGCAUCCUCGGCGUUCAGCUCUUCAAAGGGAAGUUCUUCUACUGUGUGGGCUUCGACGUCAAGAACAUCACCAACAAGUCCGACUGCCUGGCUGCCAACUAUCGAUGGGUCCACCACAAAUACAACUUCGACAACCUCGGACAGGCUCUCAUGUCCCUGUUUGUCCUGGCCUCUAAAGACGGAUGGGUUAACAUCAUGUACCACGGCCUGGACGCGGUGGGAAUUGACCAGCAGCCGCUGACCAACAGCAAUCCCUGGAUGCUGCUCUACUUCAUCUCCUUCCUCCUGAUCGUCAGCUUCUUCGUCCUCAACAUGUUUGUGGGCGUGGUGGUGGAGAACUUCCACAAGUGUCGGCAGAACCAGGAGGUGGAGGAGGCCAAGCGGCGCGAGGAGAAACGCCAGCGCCGCAUGGAGAAGAAGAGGAGAAAGGCCCAGAAGCUGCCGUACUACGCCUCUUACGGCCGCACCCGCCUGGCGAUCCACACCCUGUGCACCAGCCACUACCUGGACCUGGUCAUCACCUUCAUCAUCUGCAUCAACGUCAUCACCAUGUCCCUGGAGCACUACAGCCAGCCGCAGUCUCUGGAGACCACGCUGAAGUACUGCAACUACUUCUUCACCUCCACCUUCGUGAUCGAGGCCACUCUGAAGCUGGUGGCCUUCGGCUUCCGACGCUUCUUCAAGGACAGAUGGAACCAGUUGGACCUGGCCAUUGUGCUGCUCUCGGUGAUGGGCAUCACCCUGGAGGAGAUUGAGAUCAACGCCUCCCUCCCAAUCAACCCCACCAUCAUCAGGAUCAUGAGGGUGCUCAGGAUAGCGCGAGUGUUGAAGUUGUUGAAAAUGGCAACAGGGAUGAGAGCUCUGCUUGACACGGUGGUCCAGGCUCUUCCUCAGGUGGGGAAUCUGGGGCUGCUCUUCAUGCUGCUGUUCUUCAUCUACGCUGCACUGGGAGUGGAGCUGUUCGGUGAACUGGUGUGUAACGCCGACUACCCCUGCGAGGGAAUGAGCCGCCACGCCACCUUUGAAAACUUCGGCAUGGCCUUCCUCACCCUCUUCCAAGUUUCCACCGGGGACAACUGGAACGGCAUCAUGAAGGACACUCUGAGGGAAUGUCCACCAGGCCGUCCCAGCAGCGACUACGGCUGCCACGCCGGCCUGCAGUUCAUCUCUCCCCUGUACUUCGUGUCCUUCGUGCUCACGGCCCAGUUCGUCCUGAUCAACGUGGUGGUGGCCGUGCUCAUGAAGCACCUGGACGACUCCAACAAGGAGGCGCAGGAGGACGCCGAGAUGGACGCCGAGAUCGAGCUGGAGCUGGCUCAGGGAGGCCUCUGCUGCAUGAUGGGAGGCAUCGGGGCCAUCGCCGGGGCCACGGGGGGAGGGGCCGCCAGCGGGGCGAGCGGGGGCGGGGGGGGAGUGUCCGGUGCGAUCACGGCGGGGACGGUUGCGGGGCCGAGCGGUGUAGUGAUGGCACCGCUGAGAGAUGGAGGAGGAGGAGGAGGAGGAGGAGGAGGAGGAGGAGGAGGAGGUGCAGCUCACGAGGGACACACCCACCAUCGAGGUCGGCUCUACUCUCCGGCUCAGGAGAGCCAGUGGCUGGACAGUGUGUCUCUGCUGAUUAAGGACUCGCUGGAAGGAGACAUGAUUGACAACCUCUCCGGUUCAGUUUUCCACCACUACUGCUCCACCCCCAUCUGCAGGGACUGCAAGAGUCACCCGCAAGAGGUCCGACUGGCUGAGGUGGAGCAGGCGUCUCUCAUGUCGGAGCAGCUGUCAGACAAGUCAUCGUCUCCGGCGCUGCCUGAUGACCUCAGCCUCGACGAACACAGCGUCUACCAGCUGCUGGUCCGAGACAGACAGAUGGGCAGCAGUGACUCCCACAGUUCAGAGGAGUGCCCCCCCCAGGUGGGCUACACGGGGCUUCGUCCGUCCAGCUCAGGAAGUGAGGAGGGGUCGCAGGAGUUGUUGGAGGUGGGCGUCGAACUUCGGACAAAUCCUCCUUCGCUGGAGCAGCAAAGCCCGGCGCACUUCACAGACGGUGAUGGAGAAAGUUGCAGCGGUGGUGGUGGUAGUGGGUCGUCGCCCGUCUUUCACUUACCAGCGGACUUCUUCCACCCGGCUGCCGCGGCUCAUCCGGGCAGUCCGGGGAGCAGUGUCGGCCCCGGAGACAGGGGGGCGUCCAUGUUGGCGUCUCCAGCCUCCUGGGCGUCCCUCCGCUCACCCGGAGCCAACAGCAGGCCCCUGAGCUCUCAGCACCCGUCCCGCAGUGACUCGUCCCUGGCCACGGGCAGUUCGGAGGGCAGCCUGCAGACCACCCUCGAGGAGGGUCUCAGCUUCAGCGUCUCCCCGCCUCGGGACCUGGAUCUCCACGUGCCUCUCCCCUGCCCUCCUCCGAGCCACCACUCACAUCCACAGGUACCAGACACGGGACACCAGGGCAACCCUGUGCUAAAGAGACGCAGCACAACUUUGACCCUCAAGGCCACCAGGGGGCACCAGAGGAGCCAGAGCAGCUGCGGCGGUGGCAGCACCAGCCCCGGCUAUCCCCGGCAGGACUCCAUAGACCCGUCGGAUGAGGACGUGGGCACGGGGACAGGCGGAGACGGCUGCCGUCAGACCUAUAACAGCGAACACUUGUCAGAGACACUGAACAGCCUCUCACUGACGUCGCUGCUCACCACGGGCUCUCUGGCUCCCCAGCUGGUGAAGAAAUGUAACAGCACGGGCUCGCUGGACCAAACCAAUCUAUCCGCACGGAGUAAAGACGGACGCCACGUCUACGGCAUAGAUUCCCACGGGUACUUGUCCAACCCCUGGACAGAAGGAAGGGCGAGAGGUGACGGGGAGAACAGUGACAUCACAGGCUUCAGCGAGGAAAGCAGCCGCCGACCCUCAGACACAACCUUCAGGAGGAAUAGAUGA